AUGGACCAAGGCUUUCAGGCUGGCGCCGAGGCCUUGCGUCGGUCAAUACUCUCGACUCCGAUUAUUGACAACCACGCACAUCCGCUGCUUAAAAGCAGUCAUAUCGCCAAGUAUCCCCUGCUUACCAUUGUGACGGAAGCUCAUGGCGACGCACUCGACUCAUCGCGAACCAGCCUGGCCCAUAUUCGAGCCGUCAAGCAGCUUUCGGAACAACUUGGAUGUGCCGCGACUUGGGACGCUGUGGAGGCCGCCAUCGCAAAAGAACGACGACAUGACUACGCCGAAUGGACUCGGAAAUGCCUUUCUGGUAUCGAGUGCAUCCUUGUCGAUGAUGGCUUGGAUCAUGAGCAAGCUGUCGAACCCUACAGCUACUUUGACCAGUUCGCCCCCAGCCCCAGCAAACGUAUCCUCCGCAUUGAGCAAGUUGCCGCCAAAUUUAUAGAAUUUGCGUGCAUCUCACAGACAUCGGCUGCGAGAGCAUUUGACUACGCCAUUGCGGAUUUCGAGGCCGAGCUUAGGGGUGCAAUUUCCAACCCGGACAUUGUCGGCUUCAAGUCGGUCAUUUGCUAUCGAACGGGACUUGACAUUGCAUCCGGGGCCAGCGAGUCUGAGGCGCGGGUGGCGUUUGCGAGUAUUUUCUCACAAAGGCAGUCAGCAAACGCUACGAGGUUCACGAGGUUGAAUCAUCGCGCGCUCAAUGAAUUCAUCGUCCACCGCCUCGCUCAGUUAAUCCAGGACUCCAAGUCGGUUCACAAAAAGCCCAUUCAAUUCCACACCGGCCUCGGUGAUAAUGAUCUCACCUUGACACGAUCUUCUCCGGCGCAUCUGCAAGAAUUCGCACGGCAAUAUCCAACAGUCCCAAUUGUUCUUCUGCAUUCUGGCUAUCCCUUCGAUCGGGAAGCAGGAUACAUGGCAGCAAUGUAUGAAAAUGUAUAUGCUGAUAUCGGCGAGGUUUUCCCAUUCGUCAACAGAGAUGGGCAAGAAAGCAUAGUACGCCACAUUCUGGAGCUCUGUCCGUGGGAAAAGAUCAUAUGGAGUACCGAUGGUCAUUGGUUCCCCGAGACUUUUUAUCUCGCCAUAGUCCAAAUGAGAGAGGUGUUUCACACAGUCUUGUGCAAAUUGGUGCAAAAGGGGGACAUCACAUGGAAACAGGCCACCCACAUGGUCCAGGAUAUGUUGUUCAAUACCUCUAAUAAGAUUUAUAAUCUCGGUCUAACGUUGAGGAGCCAACUACCUGAAAGUGUGCCAUCCUCCGGAGCAACGUCAGCUACUGUUGAGUCGCAACACUUGUUGACAUACCUGAGCAACGCCGAAAAGCCACAUUAUAUACGCUUAUGUUGGGUGGAUUAUACGGGUAUUCCAAGAAUGAGAGUCAUACCUUCGCGACAGGUUUUGUCCACGCUAAAAAACAACCAGCCGCUCUCAGCCACUGUUACCAAGGGGUGUCUUGGCGUGCUUCAGAAUGAUGUCUUGAUUCCUGGUGUCGGCGCAAUUGGAGAAUUUAGGCUGCAACCAGACUUUUCAUCCCUCCAUCAUGGGCCACGGGAUGGUCAUAUUACAAUAAUGUGCGACUUCAAGGAAAAGGAUGGCUCGCUCGUCAACCUCUGCCCUCGAACCAUGUUGAAAAGGGCCUUGGGCCUUGCUCGCCUUCAGGAUAUCGAGCUUUGGUUUGGCUUUGAGAUUGAGCUUGUGCUCCUUCGCCGCUCAGGCAACGGGGGAUACAGCGAUCAUAGCAAUGACGGACACGCUUGGUCAACGGUCGGAGCCAUGGACCACGAGGUAGUCGAGAAGGUGUUGGAGCCCGCAAUACAGCAACUCGAUCACGCCGGGGUAUACGUCGAGAUGUUGCACGCAGAAAGUGCCAAAGGCCAAUUCGAAAUAAUCUUACCCAAGGCCAGGGCAAUGGAAGCCGUGGACACUCUGAUCUUUGCGCGGCAAGUCAUAGCAAGCUGCGCAAGUGCCUGUGGAUACAAGAUGACAUUGCAUCCCAAACCGAUAGCUAAUGCGUGCGGCACCGCGGCCCAUGCUCACAUUUCAAUCGCGUCAGAUGACCUCAACGCAGGCCUAUAUGAAUCAUUCUAUGCGGGUGUUUUGUCUCACCUGAGAGCUAUAUGCGCCUUCACGUGUAGCAAUAUGGUGAGCUACGAACGGCUUCGAAACGGCGUCUGGGCGGGAGGUACGUGGGUUGCAUGGGGCACACAAAAUCGCGAAGCGCCUCUUCGCAAGAUCGAAAACAGCCAUUGGGAGUUGAAGUGUGUGGAUGGUCUUUCCAAUCCGUAUAUAGCCACAGCGGUGGUUGUUCUAGCAGGACUCGAUGGUGUUCAGAAGGGAAAGGGGCUUACCUGGCGUGACUGCACAACGGACCCUGCGUUACUUUCGUCUGACGAGCGGCUUCAGUUGGGUAUUGAGAAGAAGUUGCCCGGGAGCAUCGAGGAUGCUUUGAACGCCCUCAGUGAAGAUGAGGAUUUGACAAAUCUGUUGGGCGCUGAUGUUGUCGAAAGAUACGUGGCCGUGAAAGAAGCGGAAGUGGAUUUGAUGAGAUCCAUGAGCACAGAGGACAGGAGAAAGUGGAUCAUAGACAGAUAUUAA